AGGGAGGGAGGUAUGUCAUGCACUGGAUUACAACCAGUAUGUGUUUGGGAGACGGAGAGGACUGCUACUUUGCAAGGCACUGAGCUUUAAUUCAUUUCGAUAAAGUUGCGACAGGAGGUUUGCAGAUUCGCCGCUUUGAACAGGAGCCAUCGCUGGCACAGCAGAGCCCAGUAGACGGGAGGAGAGGGAGGGAUCUGAAGAGGAGCGCCCAGAUCGACUGUCUACUGCACUGGCUGGCAGCAUGGGUGAAGAGGGGCCUCCCAGCCUGGAGUAUAUCAAGGCCAAGGACCUGUUCCCCCAGAAGGAGCUGGUGAAGGAGGAUGAAAGCCUUCAGGUGCCAUUCCCAGUUCUUCAGGGGGAAGGGGUGGAAUAUCUUGGCCACGCCGAUGAAGCCAUCAUUGCCAUUUCUAACUACAGGCUCCACAUCAAGUUCAAGGACUCGGUCAUCAACGUGCCUCUCAGGCUGAUAGAGGGUGUGGAGAGCAGAGAUAUGUUCCAGCUGCACAUCAUCUGCAAAGACUCCAAAGUUGUCAGAUGCCACUUUGCAACGUUCAAGCAAUGCCAGGAGUGGGUCAAGCGUCUGAACCGGGCCAUAGCACACCCGUCCCGGCUGGAGGACCUGUUCGCCCUGGCCUAUCACGCCUGGUGUCUGGGAGGCAGCGCUGAUGACGAAGACCAACAUGUUCAUCUCUGUCGCCCAGGCGAUCACGUGCGUCAGAGAAUGGAAAUGGAGGUCAAGAGGAUGGGCUUCGACACGCAGAACGUCUGGAGAGUGUCAGACAUAAACUGCAACUACAAGCUGUGCUCCAGCUACCCACAGAAGCUUCUGGUUCCUAUCUGGAUCACUGACAAGGAGCUGGAGAGCGUGGCUUCUUUCAGAUCCUGGAAGAGGAUCCCCGUGGUGGUCUACAGGCACCAGAGGAACGGCGUGGUGAUCGCUCGAUGCAGCCAGCCGGAGAUCAGCUGGUGGGGCUGGAGGAACACAGAUGAUGAGUACCUGGUGACGUCCAUCGCCAAGGCCUGUCAGAUGGGUACCAAAGGUACCUGUGGAGCACCAGCUUGCAGACAGCGCGGGGAAGCUCCUGACUCCUGCGAUAGCGAUUUUGACUCGUCUCUGACGGGCGGCUCCGGCUGCGAAGACAACACUGUGCCACAGAAGCUGCUGAUUCUGGAUGCUCGCUCAUACACCGCUGCAGUGGCCAACCGAGCCAAGGGCGGAGGCUGUGAAUGUGAAGAGUACUACCCCAACUGCGAGGUAAUGUUCAUGGGAAUGGCCAACAUCCACGCCAUCAGGAACAGCUUCCAGGCUCUGAGGACCGUCUGCAGUCAGAUCCCGGAUCCAGGAAACUGGCUCUCAGCACUCGAGAGCACCCGUUGGCUGCAGCACCUGUCCGUCAUGCUGAAGGCAGCCACUCUGGUGUGCUCAGCGGUGGAGAGGGAAGGUCGUCCUGUUUUGGUGCACUGUUCGGAUGGGUGGGACCGCACACCACAGAUUGUAGCCCUUGCCAAGAUCUUGCUGGACCCGUACUACAGGACAUUAGAGGGUUUCCAGGUGCUUGUGGAGACUGAUUGGCUGGACUACGGUCAUAAGUUCGGGGACCGCUGUGGCCACCAGGAGAACGCCGACGAUGUGAGCGAGCAGUGUCCCGUCUUCCUGCAGUGGCUCGACUGCGUUCACCAGCUGCUCAAACAGUUCCCCUGCCUGUUUGAGUUCAACGAGGCCUUCCUGGUCAAGUUGGUGCAGCAUACAUACUCGUGUCUUUAUGGCACCUUCCUGUGUAACAACGCUCGUGAGAGGGAGGUGAGGAACAUCUACAAACGCACCUGCUCGGUCUGGUCUCUGCUUCGCAGCGGAAACAAGAACUUCCAGAACUUCCUCUACAUCCCCAGUCAUGAUAUGGUGCUGCAGCCAGUCUGCCACACACGGGCAUUACAGCUGUGGACAGCUGUGUACCUGCCCACGUCCUCCCCCUGCACAGCCGUGGACGACUCUAUGGAGCUUUACCUCCCGCCGAAUGUCGCAGGAGACGAACUCACCUCCCGUUCUCUGGACAGACUUCCGAAGACUCGCUCCAUGGACAACCUGCUGUCAGCUUUUGAGAACGGGGUGUCCCUGACACGUACAUCCAGCGACCCCAAUCUCAAUAAGCACUGCCAGGAGGGUCGCCCUGCCCCGGAUCCCUCACCAGCCGCAGAAGAAACCUCUGCAGACAUCUCAGAUGAGGUCAUACCCGACACUAGACUGGACAGCAGUGAGGAGGAACCUCUACAGAGUCCUGCCAAGACUGCAGAGGACGGGCCGGCUGCAGAGAGCUGUGAAGACACACUGGAGGAGCCUUGUCUCACCACACAGCCCCUGCCCUCUCCGCCCCUUCCCCCUGUCCCUCUCAGUCAGGACAUUGCACUCGCUAACACUCCCUUCCCCGCUCCUGUCCUCCAACAGGCUUUGCCGCAGAUCACUAACCCUCCUCUCCCACCUCCUCCGCUGGUGGCUGACGGCCCCUGUAGGACUGCUGAGAGCCCCACGUCACCCACUCAUAAAUCAGAGCCGUGUUUACCUCUCCCCUGCAACAGCACGCAACCUGCAGCCACCACGCCCACGCCCACCACCCCCACCUCGCCGCUUAACGGCCACACCGACGGCCAAGCAAACGACCUCCCAGAAUCUGCAGGCCUGCUGGCUCUGAAGCAGCUCACUCCACUCCUUCCCAUGGAGGACUCCACUGAGACUCUCACAGGUGAGGCAGAACCUCCACCCGCCCUGCCUCCAGCAGAGAAUCUUACCCAGAACCAUUUAAAUGAGGAGGAGCCGGAGUCGCAGCCGCAGGUUCAACCCCAGAAGGACAAAGAGGACGUAAGGACAGAAGAAGUGAAAGGACGAGAGCGUGCGUUAACAGUUGCAGCAGCUCCUCUAGACUGCACCCAGGUAGCAGCUCGCCAUCUGAUCUCCCAGAGCCAGCUCACCGACCUGUCCCUGCUCGGCUCGCACUGGGAGAGCGUCCAGGGUCUGGUCCAGUCUGCCUGCAGCAGUGCCACUCACUCUGGUGUCGGCCGGGCCUUGCAGGCCAACGCCUACCAGAGCCGUCGGCUUGCCAGUAAGCUGCUCCGCGCGCAGGGCUUCGCCAUCGCCAACGGUUCCCAGUGCUGCCGCAGAGAGGCUCUUUGUUGUCCCAGCAGCCCUCUGCAGCCUGGGUGGCUGUCUGCUGCCAGGAGUGCAGGCUACGCCGGCCUGUACGGGCCUGCCGCCGCCGCCCUCAACAGCUACUCCCUGGCAGGCCAUCAGCUCCUACCGGUAUCGUUCUCCUCGCCUUCGGCUUCCAGCUCCCCUCCCCCACCACAGGCCCCAGCUUACCUCGAUGACGACGGGCUGCCGGUGCCCAUGGACGCCGUUCAGCAGAGACUGCGUCAGAUCGAGGCAGGCUACAAGCAGGAGGUGGAGGUGCUGAGGCAGCAGGUGCGACAGCUGCAGAUGAGGCUGGAGAGUAAACAGUACAGCACCCCUCCCUCGGAGCCAGACAUCGACUACGAGGACGACAUUACGUGUCUGCGUGAGUCAGACAACAGCAACGAGGAGGAUUCUCUGUCGACCCACAGUGAGGACCGUCUGUCUGAGGGCAGCUGGGAUCGAGUGGAACGCAAGGACACAGAGGUCACGAGGUGGGUGCCCGACCACAUGGCCUCCCAUUGUUUCAACUGUGACUGUGAGUUCUGGAUAGCCAAGAGACGUCACCACUGCAGGAACUGUGGCAAUGUGUUCUGUAAAGACUGUUGUCAUCUGAAGCUGCCCAUCCCGGACCAGCAGCUGUACGACCCGGUGCUGGUCUGCAACACCUGCCACGACCAGCUCCUGGAGUCGCGCACCCGCGAGAUCCGCAGCCAGCAGCUCAAGAAGGCCAUCGCCACAGCCUCCAGCUGAGAGAAGCAUCGCAUAGCAUGGCCCGCCUCGGCUCUGUCCUGCUCCUUUUUGGACUGAUAAGCUGAACGCCCCGUUGUAACCCCAACCUGCUGUGGUUUUGGCUGCGGGGGGAGGGGGGAGAAGAAGAAGAGGAGGAAUUGUUACUCUUUGGGGGGGGAGGCUCUGUUUUGGAGACGGAGAUGCACUGUGAGAGGUGGAGAAGAGGAAAGUCUAAGAUGUUGGAAGAAGUGUCAGCAGGGGAGGUUUUCCUACAGAACAAACCCCCUUCUGUUCAAAGACCUUUACAGCCCGGAGCGCUGCAGCGUCCAGCUGCCUCCACGUGGCUCAGCGCACCUUGUCCGGGACACAUCUCCAACCUGUCCACCCCAGCGGAGUCACCCACCUUUAGUACCAAACACACCCGCACCCUCCUUACAGACACUGUCUCGCACUUCAGAGGACAAUCGCUCACCCCUCCACGUGUCGGGGACCCCGAAGCCUUUACCUGUACUACUGGAGGCUUUCAACUUUAAAAAGAAAAAGAAUUGCUGCUACAGUAUUUAAAAGUCUAAUUUUGUAUUCUUAUUUUGUGCACUACUAGCUGUUGUGUAUUUGAGGGAAUUUGAGACCAAACUUGAGCAAAAGGGAGAAAUCUGCUGUUUACUUUGUCAUCGCAUCUUUUUGUUUUUGUUUUGUUUUGUUCUUGGAGCCUGAAUGUAAACGUGUAAUGGGUAACUGGAUCGACUUUUAUGUUCAUGUGCAUUUGGUGGGUCGUAUAUGUGUUCAUUGCUGCAAUGUGUUUUUCAAAAAAAAGAAAAAAAAUGAUGUAUAUGCACAGUCGAUGUGUUUCUGUCCUUUUUAAUCGAUGCUUUUUCUCCAGUAUAGCCAUGUCGCGAUGGUCCUGAGAGGAAUUCGUGUGGACGGAUUGGUGCAAUGCCGCGUGUCGUUUUUGUUGUCGUGAGACGGCAGAUUUCUGUAAUGUCGUUUGAAGGUUACAGACCGGAGGUCUUUCUGCUGAGACGUUUGUGAAUGAAUGGCUUUAACGUCCACAUAAUGAAGCUUGAUGUCCAUCUGACUGAUGAGUAUUAGCUGGCAGUGACGACUACUCGGGAAAAGACUCAAAGUGCUCGGAGUUUCUUGUUCUGUUUUGGGGGGGAAGUUUGGCCACAGUCCCCUUGAUUAAAAUAAAAUGUGUUCGUGUCUACUGGUUGUUCCUUCAGACAAUAGUGCCAUAUUUUGUUUUGUCUAUUUUUAAAGCCUUUUUCUUUCUUACAGACGGCAGCAGGUUUCUAAUUGGCCACCUCUCUGUAUGUUUUAAUGGUACAGAUAGUUAGCUGCUUAAUAACACUGAGACGACUAAACAUUAACGGAUGGUUCAGUUUGAUAUCGAGGCUAAUCGGGUUCAAUGGAUGAUUGGAUGUCACUGAAUUUAAUUAACCUGUGUGGUUAUCCAUUGUCUAAUAUUUGGGAUUUUUUUUUUUUUUUUUUCCAUGCGGUGUCCAUGAAGUCAAAAUCUUUUAAGAGGAACUCAGAAUUGUAACAUACAUAGUUAUCUGAUCCGUAGUGGUGGCUAAAAUCUGUCACUUAAUGAAUAAUUGUUGUAAAGAAAUGCACUGUAAAAGUUAAAUCCCAUGGGUUAAAAUAAAAGAUUAUAUCAUGGA